UGCAUGCAAAAAAUUUUUGAAAUCCGAGUGUAACACCUAAAAACCUUCCCUUGUCAGAGAUUAACGCAAAGGGAGCAAUUCGAAUGCCUUUGCAGUUACAUGAUGCGUUUCUUGUUGCAGCGUUCGCCGAAAUGUCCCGCGCAACUUUUGAAAGAAAUGUUCGGAGCAACGUUGUCGUCUCGACAACAACGGUAAUAACAAGUGAUUCGCAAGGGAUUCUUAAUUCGUCGACAAGUUGCGCGACUCGGCAGUACACGAACGUGCACUCCCAUACAGCCGCGGGAGUGCCAGGUGUGCGGCUCCCGCAGCUUCCCCGAGUUUCCCCAGGGAAAAGUCCGAGGGGAAAAAGGCGACCUUUAACGACGAACAUAUUCGAGGCGGACACGUGGCUGUUGCGAAAACGGGAAGAACUCGAUGUGCGAGGAGCGAAGCCCCUCGUGAUCGCGGGAAACGUCGAAGGGGACGACGAUGGCGGAAUCCCACCUUACGCACUGGAGGAAAACGUGCCGUCCGUGCCGAUCAACACGCCCGACACGAAACAAUAG